UCAGCUUUUUUUUAAAUGAGCAACACCGAAGCAUACCUGUUGGGAUGCGACCCUAUUCGCACCCGACUGCGAACUGUCUUCGUGACAGCAUCAACAUCUGUCAGCCGUGCGGAGCCAUUCAUUCUCUCUUGCACCCGCGCCGGCUGAAGAAGUGCAAUCAGUGUUAAUUACUUAUAAUUAUUACUUGAUUUAAAAAAGUUACUUGUUACGGUAAACACCUCGCAUUACUCGGUAUCGUAACAAAUUGGCGACGAGGAUUACGGAGUCGGUUCCGUCCGCGGUCGUUUUCGCGACUUCACCGAGUGCUGGCUCACUACACCAAAGUGAGGUUAGGUGCGCGAUGGAUGACCAGGCAGUUCAGCAGCUUCUGCAACAGAGCCUGUGUCAGCAGCCGACGAAGGAACUCAACGAGCUGGACGCACACACGGCAGCGUCCCAGCUGGAGGCUCAAACGCCUUCGGGAGAUCUGUUCGCCUGCAGCCGCGAGCCCUGCAACACCAACUCUCACCUCACACACGUGGACCACACCGAAGGUGACUCGCACGAAGCGGCGGAGAACCGGCUGCCACGAUCACAAGCGAUCGUGCGCACAGGUGAGCUGGAUCGAUGACAUCUUGGUCGUCAAUCAGGUCCAGGAGCAGCGCCGCGAUCAAACACAGCGAUCGUGUCCAGGUAGAAGUAAACAUCACCUCAACGGGCACGUGCAAGUCGGUCGAUCUGUACACAGAUUCGUCCGCGGCGGUCUCAAGUCGGACGAGUCCACAGAGUGUUUUGCGCCCACAGGCCAACAGACACUCGAAGCAACAUCAUCGGGGGGAAAGGCCCUCCGGGCGACAACCAAUUCACCAACGUGGAGAACAACAACAAUGCUAGCGCUGGAUGAUAGGCUCAGCCAGCAGAACAACACCAAGGAUUUCAACAUCUUCAAGGUUCUUCGGUACGCUGCUUGGGCUUGGGAUCCAGGACCGCUCCUGCAACGUGUUGGACUCCCGAAACGACAUCGUAUCAUCUGUUUAUUCAGCGAUCAGCUGUGGCAACAUAAUGACGACUGUGAAGGAGUAUUGAGUCGAGCAGAGCAGAAACAUUCUCUUGACAUUCUGCUGGGCGCUCGGAAUUUGAAGCCAGCUGAACAUGAAGGAUUGAACGAGCUACGUCAACAGUUCCAGCCAUCAAGCCCGGAUCGCCAAUCAAGAUUCUCCGCGGAUAGAGUUCAUCCUGAAGCACCACACCUACGAUGCUCGCCGAGAUUGCGGUUCACAUCUGUCUACUGCGAGCUGCACGACUUCUAGAAAGGGGGAGGUGUUGGGAUGCGAUCCUAUUCGCACCCGACUGCGAACUGUCUUCGUGACAGCAUCAACAUCUGUCAGCCGUGCGGAGCCAUUCAUUCUCUCUUGCAUCCGCGCCGGCUGAAGAAGUGCAAUCAGUGUUAAUUACUUAUAAUUAUUACUUGAUUUAAUAAAAGUUACUUGUUACGAAUGGAAAUGAUGUUACGGAAGCAACAACCGGUGGUAGAGGCAGUGCUCAUGGUCUGAACGGAAACGGGCAAACCGUCUUUUCGGUAACGGCCGGAACAGAGUCCGGUAGCCGAUACAAGGAACGUUCGGGUUACGAGUUUAAUUGCCAUGCCGGCCAUCGGCAAGAGGUGUGGCCAUUCAAGCAAUUGGUGGACUUCUAGGUUCGAGCAGAAACUUGCAAUGCCAAAACAAAAGUCCACUACAACGAAUUCAAAUGUUUUGUAAGUGUUAUCAGGGUUUUGAGCAUUUUACUUAGGUGAUAAAUAAAAAAGCACUGGAUUCACAACCCUGAGGUCGCCGUUUCGAAUCCCGAGGCGGACGCAAAAAAAAUCUUUGUACUGCAGUAAAAUAUGCUGAAAGUAACAAACAUGUCCUCUUCAUAACCGAAGAGCGUAUUAAAAAUGUAACACCAGACUUUCUCAGAAACUACAACAACGCGGUUUAUCGGAAGUUGAAGUUUAU